CCGCCCGCCCGCCUCCGUCGGCUCGGCGGGGCCAUGGCAGCCGCCGGCGCCCGAGGCCUCCGCGCCUCUUACCACCGCUUCCUCGACAAGGUGGAGCUGAUGCUUCCGGAGAAGAUGCGGCCCCUCUACAACCACCCGGCCGGUCCCAAAACUGUUUUUUUCUGGGCACCAAUAAUGAAAUGGGGGUUGGUGGGAGCCGGAUUAGCUGACAUGGCCAGACCUGCCGAGAAACUCAGUACAGCCCAGUCUGCCGUUUUAAUGGCUACAGGGUUCAUUUGGUCAAGAUACUCUCUCGUCAUUAUUCCUAAAAACUGGAGUCUGUUUGCGGUUAAUUUCUUUGUCGGUGCUGCAGGAGCCUCUCAGCUCUUCCGUAUAUGGAAGUACCAGCAGGAACUAAAAUCCAAGGAAAGUCAAUAAAGAGCCCUCGGUUUGCCGAACAACUCCGCCAGUGGACGUGACCCCCAGAGGAACCUCGAUUUACUAAGAAUCGUUGACUAAGAAUCGUCGUCUUUGGUUCUUCAGAAGAGAAUGCUAAUAACAUUAAUACCCUGAGAGGAAGUGUGUCUGUAACUAGCUAUCAUGCAGAGUCUCAAUGAACUGAUAAAUAAAACAACCUUUUAGUAAUG